CUCCGAUCACGUGGCGUGGACAAACGGACGGCGCAGAACUUCCCCGCCACAUAGGCACGCGCGCCAGCCCGAACCGAACCAAACCAGCCCUGACCAUUUCAGUUCGGCUGCUGCAAGAACCGAACAGAGCAGCUGCGACGAGCCCAACCAGUGAGGGGGAGAGAUGGCCCGUCGCGCCGUCGCCUUGCUCGUCGCCGUCGCGCUCGCGACCGUGCUCCUGCAUACGGCGGAGGUUGCGGCGGGGCAGAAGAAGCCGGCGACGGCCGCGAGGCGGGAGGACAUCCCCUACAUCCGGUGCCAGGUGUGCGAGCGGAUCGCGCGCGAGAUCUCCGCGCAGGUCGCCAAGAAGCACCAGGCUCUCCCGCCCUCCAAGAAGGUACCGGAGAUCGAGAUCAUCGAGGUCGCGGAGAAUGUCUGCAACCUAAAGAAGCAGGAGGCGGAUUGGAUGCUUCGGAUCGAUAUCGUCGAGAAAGGCGACAAGCUCGAGCUUGUUGAGCAAGAUGAGGAAGGGCAUUGCAAUGCAGAAUGCAAGACCAUUGAGCGUGCAUGUCAGGAGGUGAUAGGAUAUGCUGAUACCGAUGUUGCUGAGUUUGUAUACAAAAAUAACCCCUCGGUCGAUCAGCUUAUGAAAUUUCUCUGCAAAGAUCUUUCGAAAGCAUGUGCCAAGGACCCACCGCCAGUUCCAAAAGAUCGUGUCCCUGGGGAACCAUUUGCAAGGAAGCCAUCAAAGGAUGCUGAGAUGGAAAAGAUAUUGAGAUCAAUGGAGGGUAUGCCGGGAGCCCCAAGCAUGAAAAUGUACUCCAGGGACGAUCUGAUGAAAAAUAACUUUGGUACUGAAGACGACGACGAGGAGGAUGAUGAAGAUGAGGAUGACAACUUCCCAAAGAACUUGGGGAAAGCUCUGAAAAACAAGGGCUCUCAAAAGAAAGAUUUGAAACAGCAAGUCGUGCAGCAGUUCAAGGAUACCAGCAAGAAGUUGAAAGGGCAUGUAAACAAGGUGUCCGGUAUGGUAAAGAAAUGGUGGAAAGGGGCAAAGAAGCCUGCCAAAUCCAGCAAAAGCAAAACUGAGCUCUGAAGCAUUGUUGAAUCACGUCAGUAAAUCUCAUCCGUCUUCCACUUCUCCUGGAGCAAAGUUUUAGAUGGUUAUCGGAAGAUAAAAGUUACAGCAACGCAACCAGGGCUUUUGUUAGAGAGUUUAGCUACAUAAAACGUGUACAAUUGUUUGUUUUUAACUUCUGUUAUUUGCAGUGUACACUAGUAAAAGAACUGAACUCCGAUGAUAGUUUUUUUCCAGAUUAGUCGUGUCCCAAUUGGUCGUUAUAGUGUUUGAUACUCUAUAAAACUAAACAGCUGGUGACGCC